AUGGCUGAUGACGAGCUCCCUCCCAUCACUGACACCCCUGCCCACGACGAGGUCGCUGCUCCCCAGAAGCUGGGCUUGUGGGAGGACAUUGUGGAGAAGAACAAGUACUUCCCGUGGCUGGGCGUGGAGAAGGUUGAGACGAAGCAAGGAAGUGUGCUGCCUGACGAGUACUUCAACAACCAGAAGGCCGUGGACUUGAGGAAGCAUAAGAAGAAGUACCGCUACCCUGUGGGCAAGGAGAACUACUUUAAGCUGCCGAGGGUGGCGAGGGAUGCGUCCUAUCCCAGCAUUCAGGCCACAGAGUUCUCCGAUGGCGGUGCUGCCAUGCCCUCUAGGCUUGCUCGUGUUAAGGAGGCAUUCAUGAAGUCAUGGAAGAUAUAUAAGGACUAUGGCUAUGGCCAUGAUGAAGUCAGACCCAUCUCGCACGAGGUGCUUGACCCAUUCAACGGGUGGAGUGCGACGUUGAUCGAUUCCAUCGAUACGUUGCACCUGAUGGGCGAGGAUGAAGAGGUUAAAGAGGCCAUCAAGUUCUUACAGAGGGUGAACUUCAAGCAAUCGUACAGAAAUGCCAUUCCAAUCUUCGAGAACGUUAUACGAGUCCUUGGUGGCAUGCUCACGGCCUACGACAUCACCGAGGAUAAGUCGGUUUUACAGAACUGUGAAGAUUUGGCUCAUUUACUCAUGGAGGCAUUUGACACCCCAAACAGAAUGCCAUUACUCCACUAUGAAUGGCAAUCUGAACUUGCCAAUAGACUGGCAUCUACUUCAUCUUCGAUUGCGGAGCUGGGCUCUCUAUCAUUGGAAUUCUCUAAACUGUCCCAAUUGACUGGCGACAACGAGUAUUAUGACGCUAUAACGAGAAUCACGAACGCAUUGGAGAAGUCAAAGGACAACUUCUUACUUCCUGGCCUAUAUUCAAACCACGAUUCAAUCAGAUCUGCUGAAGGCCUCUCACAGAAAUACUCACUUGGUGGGCUAGGCGACUCUUUCUACGAGUACUUGCCAAAGAUGUUCCAUCUCUUGGGUGGUGAUGCAAAGUAUUCGCAAACAUACAAGGAGAUGUACUUGAGAGCAGCAGAACACAUCAGAAAGUAUAUGUUGUACCGUCCAAAGAUGGUGAACAACCCUGAUGUUCUCUUUGUAUCCUCUAUUUCCGUCUUCCAACGCAGUAUAGAUACGAUUAUUGUAUCUCCUGACGAGGACAUGCAACAUUUGACAUGCUUUACAGGUGGAAUGCUUGCGCUUGGAUCACGUCUCUUCAACAUCUCAGAGGACAUGGGGCUUGCUGAGAAGGUCACACUUGGCUGUGUCAAACUGUAUGAGGAGCUAGGAAUCAUGCCAGAGGUGGAUGUUUUCCCAAUUAAACAAAUGGAAGAUGGCUCAUAUAGAUGGACAGGGGCAAGGGAGAACCAGCCUCUUUGGCUGAACGACGCAAGACCAUUUUACAACAUGAGACCAGAGGCAAUUGAGUCUGUAUGGUAUAUGUAUAGAACCACUGGUGACUCCAGAUGGAGAGAUUAUGGGUGGAUGAUGUGGCAAAACAUCGAAAGACUUUGUCAAAGGGAUGGUGUUUUCACAGAGGUUGACGAUCUGUUCUCCGAUGUCUCGAAUACUCACAGGUUUAAAGAUGCUGUCGAGUCGUUUUGGUUCAGUGAAACGUUGAAAUACUUCUACUUAUUGUUUGAAGAGUCAUCAGUAUGGAGUUUGGAUGAUUAUGUGUUCAACACGGAGGCACAUCCAUUCAAACUACAAAAAUGA